UCUCUCUCUCUCUCUCUCUCUCUCUCUCUCUCUCUCUCUCUCUCUCUCUCCAGUCCGGCAGCAGGAAAUAAAGAGUUGGCUGAAAGAGCGCGAUCGGCAGGCAGUGAUGGUGAGCCGUGAGCACAGCCACAGCUACGAGGACCUCGUGCUCGACCCGGCGGCGCUGGAGAUCAUCCCGCCGCAGCUCCUCGCCGCGCUGGGGGAGUACCUCUCCGCCGGCCGCGGCGGGGACGGGGACGCCGCCGAGGCCGAGGCGGAGGCGGAGGCGGAGGCGGACGACGAGUUCAUGAUGUACGAGUUCAAGGUGCGGCGGUGCGCGCGCGCGCGGAGCCACGACUGGACGGCGUGCCCCUACGCGCACCCGGGCGAGGCCGCGCGCCGCCGGGACCCGCGCCGCGUCGCCUACGCGGGGGAGCCCUGCCCGGACUUCCGGCGCCGCCCGGGCGCCGCGUGCCCGCGCGGGAGCGCCUGCCCCUUCGCGCACGGCACCUUCGAGCUGUGGCUCCACCCGUCCCGGUACCGCACCCGCCCCUGCCGCGCGGGCGCCGCCUGCAGGCGCCGCGUCUGCUUCUUCGCGCACGCCGCGGCCGAGCUCCGCGCCGCGCCCAAGGACGACUCGCUCUCGCUCUCGCCCAAGUCGACGCUGGCGUCGCUCUGGGAGUCGCCGCCGGUGUCGCCCGUCGAGGGGCGGAUGAGGUGGCUCGACGCCAUCGACGAGCCGUCCGACGCGGACGCCGAGGUGGAGGAGCUCAUGCUCGCAAUGCGGGAGCUCAGCUUCAGGAAGGCCGCGGCGUCGUCGGCGCCGGUGCUGCCCCCCGUCAUGGAGGAGGACGGGCCGGACUUGGGGUGGGUGUCGGAGCUGGUGAUGUGAGCAUGCAUGCCGGCGCCCCUCCCGGCCCAAGGCCGACGCCAUCUCCGCCGCCGCGCCAUUCGGAACAGCUUCAUUAUUAAGCAAUACUAUUGUUAAUUCUAGCAUUUUCUCGAAUUGCAUCAUUCUUCUGUGGAUAAACAAAAACAUGGUGCAAGUAUCCAUACAUCGAUCUUGUAGGCGGGGAGUGUGUUCCCCUCUUCUUUUUGUCGGAGAUCUUGGGCGUAGCGUGCGUGCCAUGCCGCGCCGCGCAUGGUUUCUCCGAUUACCAAAUGUAUGUAGUAGAUACUACCAAGUACGAAGUGUAAUUGGCUAAGAUCCCAAGCUGUUUUCGUGAUGUAUAUAGUAGUAUCUUCUUUGUA